UCACGUGACACCAGCGGCAAGAAGCUGCAAACGGCUCUGAGACCGGGGCUGCGCGAGCCUCAUCAUCAUCAUCAUCAUCACCGCCACAACCGCCGCAACGACAGCAUAGAGAGCCGACCGAAACCGGGGUCUUUACCGAUUCAAGGAGCGGGCGUCAUGGCGGGCCCCCGUUAAACCAAGAGCCACAUUUAUCCUCUUUGUUCUCGCAGUCUUCACGCGCCUCCGCCGAGGAGGGGCCGCCAGGAGAAGCUCUCCUUUUCCGAGGAGAAGGAGGCAGGAGGAGAUACAGCAGCGGCGGCAGCGGAGGUAACAGUCGAACCGGGGACGUGCUUAAUACGGUACGAGCCGAAUGGCGGACCGCGAGGCGUCGCCGAUACCGCUGGAGAUCCGAGCUCGGCUGGCGGAGCUGGAGCUGGAGCUGUCAGAGGGGGACAUCACUCAGAAGGGUUAUGAGAAGAAGAGGUCCAAGCUGAUCAGGGCAUAUGUUCCACAUGCUGGAGGUAUGGAGGGGCCAAUGUCUCACCGGGCCCCCCUCGGCCCUCCCUCUGCGGCCCGUUUCCACCGACGGAGAACCUCCGGCACCAGAGACGAGCGCUACAGAUCAGACGUGCACACUGAGGCGGUGCAGGCUGUGUUGGCGCGACACGUUGAGAGGAAGGUAGCGGUGCCCAUGCCCUCCAAGAGACGCUCGCUGGUGGUGCAGACCUCCAUGGAUGCAUACACGCCUCCAGGUCUGUCCCCCCUGUGCUCAGACUCCUCGUCGGGCUCAGAGGAGGAGGCGGGGCCAGGUGACGACAUGUCGGGCAUGGAGCACUGGAUGAGCCGCCCUUCCCAGCUAGGCCCCGCCCACCUAGGCUCCACCUCCUCCUCGUCCUCGUCCACGCAGAGCGGAGGCAGCGGUAAUGCCGGACGGCUAGCCGACUCGCUGGCGCACAUGCACAUCUCGCACCUGGCGCACACGCACCUGGCGCACCUGGGCCAGUCGCACCACCAGCAGAGCCACCUGUCACAGUCGCACCACGGUAUCGGCCACCUGUCUCUGAAGAGGAAGGGAGCUCUUAGUAUAGCAGAGAACGGCGGCUCUCUGCGACGGUCCUGUGAGUUUGGCUCCGACAUGCUGUGGCCUCCGCCGCUGGAGUCAGAGGAGAACCACUCGGCCCCGCCGGACGUGACGGGAUACUCGUCGGACUCGUCCCACUCCCACACUGAGCGUCACCACAUGGCCAAUAUGGGAACCAUUGCCAGGAACACGCAGAAAUACGGCAACGCGGAGCGCAUGGAGACAGGCGAUGGUGUUCCGGUCAGCAGUCGCGUGUCGGCUAAGAUCCAGCAGCUGGUGAACACGCUGAAGCAGCCUCGCAGACCUCCACUACGAGAGUUCUUUGUUGAUGACUUUGAUGAGCUUUUAGAAGUCCAGCAACCCGACCCUAACCAGCCUCGGCCGGAGGGGGCAGAGAUGAUGCCAGUGCGAGGAGAGCCGCUGGGGGUGGUCACUAACUGGCCUCCUUCUCUGGAGGCGGCUCUCCAACGCUGGGGAACCAUCUCCCCGAAAGCCCCCUGCCUCACCAGCCUGGACACAGCAGGGAAGCCCCUCUACGUGCUCACAUAUGGGAAGCUGUGGUCUCGCAGCAUCAAGCUUGCCUACAACAUCCUCCACAAACUGGGCAGCAAGCAGGAGCCCAUGGUGCGACCGGGCGAUCGGGUGGCGUUGGUGUUUCCGAACAACGACCCAGUGGCCUUCAUGGUGGCCUUUUACGGCUGUCUGCUGGCAGAGGUGGUCCCUGUUCCCAUAGAGGUGCCCCUAAGUCGCAAGGACGCCGGCAGCCAACAGAUCGGAUUCCUGUUGGGCAGCUGUGGCGUUACUGUGGCGCUGACCAGUGAUGCCUGCCAUAAGGGUCUUCCCAAGAGCGCAACAGGAGAGAUCCCACAGUUCAAAGGUUGGCCGAAGCUGCUGUGGUUCGUAACAGAGUCGAAGCACCUGUCCAAACCGCCCAGAGACUGGUUCCCCCACAUCAAAGAUGCAAAUAAUGACACUGCUUACAUAGAGUAUAAAACCUGUAAGGACGGCAGUGUGCUGGGAGUCACUGUGACGAGGAUCGCUCUGCUCACACACUGCCAGGCUCUCACUCAGUCCUGCAGCUACACUGAGGCUGAAACCAUAGUGAAUGUGCUGGACAUGAAGCCUCACCUGAAUAUCUUCUUCUGUGUGUGUGUGCAGAGUGUGAUGAACAUGAUGCACGUGAUCAGCGUGCCCUACUCGCUGAUGAAGGUCAACCCUCUGUCGUGGAUCCAGAAAGUCUGCCAGUACAAAGCCAAGGUGGCCUGUGUGAAGUCCAGAGACAUGCACUGGGCUCUGGUGGCCCACAAAGACCAGAAGGACAUCAACCUGAGCUCGCUGCGCAUGCUGCUGGUGGCCGACGGAUCAAACCCCUGGUCCAUCUCGUCCUGCGACGCCUUCCUCAACGUCUUUCAGACCAAAGGGCUGAGAACUGAAGUCAUCUGUCCCUGCGCCAGCUCCCCCGAGGCCCUGACGGUGGCCAUCAGGAGGCCGGUGGAGGACAGCAGCCAGCCUCCAGGUCGGGGCGUCCUGUCCAUGCAGGGCCUGAGUUACGGCGUCGUCAGGGUCGACACGGAGGAGCGGCUGUCGGUGCUCACUGUUCAGGAUGUGGGGACUGUCACACCCGGAGGCCUGGUGUGUGUAGUGAAGCCGGAAGGCGUGCCCCAGCUUUGUCAGACCGAUGAGAUCGGCGAGCUCUGCGUUUGCUCCAUCGCCACCGGGACAUCGUACUACGGCCUUACGGGCAUGACCAAGAACACCUUUGAGGUUUACCCGGUGAGCUCCAGCGGAGGGUUGAUCAGUGAGUACGCCUUCGUGCGGACUGGCCUGCUGGGCUUCAUUGGCCCCGGCGGCCUCGUCUUCAUCACAGGCAAGAUGGACGGGCUCAUCAUGGUGAGCGGGCGGAGGCACAAUGCCGACGACAUCGUUGCCACUGCACUCGCGGUGGAGCCAAUGAAAUUCGUCUACAGGGGCAGGAUAGCUGUGUUCUCUGUGACGGUGCUGAGAGAUGAGAGGAUCGUGGUGGUGGCCGAGCAGAGACCCGACUCCACGGAGGAGGACAGCUUCCAGUGGAUGAGCCGCGUACUGCAGGCCAUAGACAGCAUCCACGGGGUGGGCGUCUUCUGUCUGGCUCUGGUGCCGGCCAACACCCUUCCCAAGACUCCUCUGGGCGGCAUCCACCUGUCGGAGAUCAAGCAGCUGUACCUGGAGGGGGGGCUGCACCCCUGCAAUGUCCUGAUGUGCCCCCACACCUGUGUCACCAACCUGCCCAAACCGCGGCAGAAACAGCCAGAGAUCGGUCCCGCCUCUGUGAUGGUGGGAAAUCUGGUGUCAGGGAAGAGAAUCGCUCAGGCCAGCGGCAGAGACCUGGGACAGACUGAUGAUAACGACCAGGUGAGGCAAACAGCUGCGUGACAAAGUCUCAGCUCCAGAAAUAACAUCACAACUCAAUUUAAAUCAAGCUCUGGGGCAGUGUCCAGCUCUCUCACCUGUCUGCAGCUGCAUAAGAGGGCGGAGCGAGUGGCAGCUCUGCUGAUGGAGAGAGGCGGUCUGCAGGAAGGAGAUCAUGUCGCUCUGGUGUACCCGCCAGGUAUAGACCUGAUCGCAGCCUUUUACGGCUGCCUGUACGCCGGCUGCGUUCCCAUCACAGUGCGACCGCCUCACCCUCAGAACAUCUCCACCACCCUGCCCACUGUUAAGAUGAUUGUCGAGGUGAGUCACUCGGCGUGUGUGAUGACCACCGCCGUCAUCUGUAAGCUGCUGCGCUCCAAAGAGGCCAUGGCCACGGUGGACAUCAGGAACUGGCCCCCAGUGCUGGACACCGAUGACCUGCCAAAGAAGAAGCCUCCAGCUCUCUAUAAGCCCACCAACCCGGACGGCCUGGCCUAUCUGGACUUCAGCGUGUCGACGACCGGCAUGCUGGCCGGAGUUCAGGUCAGCUCAGCCCUAAUCCUCACCAAACCACUGCCGCCUGGUCCCACUCCCCUCCUCUUCCUCCUCCUCCUCCAGUCAUUACUUUUCUUAUUCCAGAGGGAAAUUCAGCCAUCAGCGCAGCAGCAAAAUGACGUGUAUUCUGGCCACCAGUCCAUCCUGAUCCCGCCGGUGGAGCUGGAGUCCAACCCAGCACUGUGGCUGCUGGCCGUCAGCCAGCUGAGGGUGCGAGACACCUUCUGCUCCUACAGCGUCAUGGAUCCACAGCUGUCCUCUCUGGGAUUAGAUAUCAUUUUCCUUUCGUCUCUUUCGCAGGCUCGGGGUCUGGAUCUGUCCCGGGUUCGAGCCUGCGUGGUGGUGGCAGAGGAGAGGCCCAGGAUGGCGCUCACACUCUCUUUCUCUAAGCUCUUCAAAGACCUCGGCCUUCACCCGCGCUCUGUCAGCACAGCCUUCGGCUGCAGAGUCAACCUGGCCAUUUGCCUGCAGUGUUGUGUACGUGCAAAAACAUCAGAGGACUUCUGCUCGAUCCUGCCCGGAGUUCGUAUCAUCAUCGCCAAUCCGGAGACCAAAGGACCGCUUGGAGACUCGCAUCUCGGAGAGAUCUGGGUUCACAGCGCUCAUAACGGCAGCGGUUACUACAGCGGUUACGGUGAGGAGGUUCUUCAGUCCGACCACUUCAACUCCAGACUCAGCUUCGGAGACACUCAGACCGUCUGGGCCAGGACGGGCUACCUGGGCUUCCUCCGCCGCACCGAGCUCACGGACGCCAACGGAGAGCGACACGACGCUCUGUUCGUGGUGGGAGCUCUGGAGGAGGCCAUGGAGCUGAGAGGGAUGAGGUACCAUCCCAUCGACAUCGAGACCUCCGUCAUCCGCGCGCACAAGAGCAUCGUGGAGUGGUUAACGGAAUGUUUUCUCCCUGCCAGUUCUACUGGGAGAUGCAGAAAGCAAAGAGUGACUGUCAGACACAGCUGCAGCUGAACAGUUCCACUCAUGCAGGAUGUCACGGCGAGUGGGACAACGUUUCAUGUUGGCAGAGCGCCGCGGUCGGCGAUGUGCUGACCUUACACUG